AUGGGUCGUACCGCCACACAUGCUAUCGUGGUUGCACAGCUGCUUUUACCGAAGCUCUCGAGAAGCAAAGCCUCCGGCCCUCCUCCUAUCGACAGCCUCUCCGAUGCCGAACACGAUGAACACGGCCCGUAG